UCCCUGUGUUUCCGAUUGUCACACUCUGACCCUGACCUUCUGGCCGGCCUCUCCCCAGCUCCACUGCCAGCUCCCACUGCAAGGCCAGGGUGCCUGUGGGCUGCUUCCUGGCUCUCCUUGCCUGUCUGAUGAGAAGGAAGCCUCCCUCAGCAGGAUUUAAUGCCCCCACGCCCCUACACUUCUGUCCUGUGCAUCUCCGGUCGUGGUGGAAGUGACCGGAGACUGCUGUCAUGUGAGGACUGACCCUGGGAGACCCCGGCCCAGCCAUGGCGACCCCCGACGUCAGCAUGCACAUGGAAGAGGUGGUGGUGGUGACAACGCCCGACACCGCGGUGGACGGCAGCGGCAUGGAGGAGGUCAAGACAGUGCUGGUGACGACCAACCUGGCUGCUCACGGGGCUGACCUGAGCGAGGACAACAUGGAGACGGAGAACGCGGCGGCUGCGGCUGCGGCUGCCUUCACAGCGUCCUCACAGCUCAAGGAGGCCGUUUUAGUGAAGGUGACGGAGGAGGGGGAGAACCUGGAGGCCGAGAUCUUGUACCCCAUCACCUGUGGGGACAGCAGAGCCAACCUGAUCUGGAGGAAGUUUGUGUGCCCUGGCAUCAACGUGAAGUGUGUGCAGUAUGACGAGCAUGUCAUCAGCCCCAAGGAGUUUGUGCACCUGGCCGGCAAGUCCACCCUGAAGGACUGGAAGAGGGCCAUCCGGAUGAACGGCAUCAUGCUCAGGAAGAUCAUGGACUCCGGGGAGCUGGACUUCUACCAGCACGACAAGGUCUGCUCCAACACCUGCCGCAGCACCAAGAUCGACCUGUCGGGCGCCCGCGUGCCCCUGAGCAGCCCCACGUCGGCCGAGUUCCUCCCGCUCACACCUGCCACAGCUGACGUGAACGGGUCUCCUGCCACCAUCACCAUAGAGACCUGCGAGGACCCCGGUGACUGGACCACGGCCAUCGGAGAUGACACGUUCGCCUUCUGGCGGGGGCUCAAGGAUGCCGGACUGCUGGACGAGGUCAUCCAGGAGUUCCACCAAGAGAUGGUGGAGACCAUGCGGGGCCUGCAGCAGCGGGUGCAGGACCCGCCCCUGCAGCUCCGAGACGCUGUGCUGCUCAACAGCAUCGUGCAGAACUUCGGCAUGCUGGACCUGGUGAAGAAGGUGCUGGCCAGCCACAAGUGCCAGAUGGACCGCUCGAGGGAGCAGUACGCCCGCGACCUGGCCGCCCUGGAGCAGCAGUGUGACGAGCACCGCCGGCGGGCCAAGGAGCUCAAGCACAAGUCCCAGCACCUCAGCAACGUGCUCAUGACGCUGACGCCUGUGGCCCUGCCGCCCCCCGCCAAGCGGCCACGGCUGGCCAGGGCCGCCUCCGGGCCGGCCGCCGUCGCCUCGCAGGUGCUCGCCCAGCCAGCCCAGGUCGCGUUCGGCCCGGGCGUGCCUGUGUCCCAGCUGACCGGCCUGCCACUGGGCAAAGUGGUGUCCACCCUGCCCGCCCCCGCGCUGGGCAAGAGCUGCCCCCAGGUGGCCCCCGCCAGCUCCCCCGCCUCACCGCUGCUCGGGGGCUACACGGUGCUGGCCUCCUCGGGCACCUCCUUCCCUGGCACCGUGGAGAUCCACCCGGACGCGUCCAGCCUCACGGUCCUGAGCACCGCCGCGGUGCAGGACGGCGGCACGGUGGUCAAGGUGGUCAGCCCCCUGCAGCUGCUCACCCUGCCUGGCCUGGGCCCCGCCCUGCAGAACGUGGCCCAGGUGUCCCCUGGGGGGAGCACCAUCGUGACAGUGCCCACGGGGGCCAUGGAGAGCGCCGUGGUGGCCUCGGGACAUGAGGAGCACACAGCCACCAUCGAGGUGGCCACCGUGGCCGAGGGUCAGGAGCACAAGUAGCCGCUGCCAGAGGCGAGGCCCUUCGCAGGCAGGGUCCGGCCCUGUCCUGGGGACGCGGCGUGUCACGUGGGGCUGCUGAACCAAAGAGAGGAGACGCCCAGUCGGGUGGAGAGGAGAGAGAGGGACCGAAGGUGGCAGCAGCCUGGGACCCGCUGGGCCCUGUGCUCCGCACUUCCUCCCUGUUUUCCUGGGAAAUAUAUUUUUCCAUCUGUUGCUUAUGAACACUGUUUACACAUCGGGCCCGGCCAGGAGCCAGACGAGAGGGCGUGUGGCCCGCACUGCCGGGGGCACGUCACUAGCACAUGUCUUGGGGACCAUCCCCAAGGGUGGAAAGCCAUGGAUCCUAUGGAUUUGGUUUCUUCCCACAGUUUUCUGUAGGUUUAGUGCAGCUGGCACUCUGCGCCCAGCCCCGGCACGGGUGGUGUGUCGGGCCGGGCCCGUCCCAGAGUCUGGGGUGUGGACCUGGGUACAUCCGCCUUCGAGGAGGGGUGGUGGGGCCCGGUGCGCCAGCUCCCCAGGCCCGCCUGCCUGCAGGGGCUUGGCGCUCAGGGGCCGCCCCCAUGCACCGCGGGGCUUUUAGGAAGAGUCAGAUUUAUAGCGUUUUCAACCCAAACCAUGCUGAGUGCCUAGGCUUCUGGAACCUGCUCCGGGUUCCAGAGGGUUUUGUACAAAGCGGCUGUAGGGACGGCCUGUGUGAAGGUGACCGAGUGCUGAGGUCCCAACAUGUGGAUCCUGGAGGUGGGACAGGCUCUGCCUGGGACCUCCCGCCCCCCGGGGCUGUGCCUGCUGCUCCAGGGGGUGUGGCUGCCCAGAGGGCAGAGCCAGGGCCAGCGCCGGUCAUGGUGAGGACCCGGGUGCUCCCUGAAGAGCCCACGCAGGCAGGGUCCACCUGCAGCUCUGACUGUGGGGUCACGGGGUAGACCUGGUGCCCACUCUGUCUCCAGUAGGGUCCCCAGGAUGGCUCCAGCCCCUGAGCACCAGGUCCUGGUGGCCCAGGGGUGUGGCCUGCUGAGGACCCUUGUCUGGAGUCCCCACCACGAGGAGGGCCGCACUUGCAUCUGAAGGGAACUGGGACCUGACCGUCCACCCUUCAUCUGUCCAGCGCCCCAGACCCCACCUCAGUGGGCCUUGCCCCGCACCCAGCUGCCGAGGCCGCCUCUGUUUUCUCUGUCACCUUUCUGUCUGCUGCUUUCACGGGUCCGCUGGUGCCAGCGCGGUUUACUCUCGGUUUGCGUCCGCGCCUCUGUUCGAGUGCGACCCUGUGGAGCCCUGAGGCCCAGCUGCUGCCUGUGUGCACCAGCCUCAUUUGCCGAAAACCGCCUCUGGCCGAGUCAGAGCCAGACAUGCCCACCCACCAGCCCCCGCUGGGCCUCCCUGCGACGGCCCCGGGGGGGUGCACUUCAGAGCCAUACACUCGAAGCCAACAAGGCAGCUUCGGAGUUCUCGCCCAGCCCCACACCCCUCACGUGGAGGGUCCACCCUCUUCCAGGAGCCCUGCUGGGCUGCAGGGGGCUCCACUCCCCAGCCGCCGGCCCCGGCCCCUCCCCCAGCCUGGGUGGUAGCUGUGUUCCGGUCCAGGAAGGCGGAUGGGCUUGGUUUCCCUCACUGGUGCUCAGAGGCCGCCCAGGGACCCAGGCAUCUGAGUUUCACUUUGUAUGUUGUUUUGCAAGUAUCUGCCUGGUACUUUGAUUUAAAAUAAAAACACGUU